ACUAAUUGAAUACUCCAUCAACGAAAUACUAGUAAUUACUGUGGUAUGUAAUAUUUCUUGCCGUGCCCAUUUCCAGCCAGCUUAUUUUACUGAACAAUCUCAAGAUUCAGAGCUCAUUGGUCCACUAAAACAACUUCCUUUUUUUUGCCAUAGUUUGAUUUGGAAAGGGUCAGAGCUCAACAAUGGCUGCUACUGCAGAUCAAAAGGGUUUUCCAGAUAAUCUCGGAAAGCAGCUUGCUCUUGCAGUUAGAAGCACCCAGUGGAGCUAUGCAAUUUUUUGGUCUUUUUCUGCUAAACAAUCUGGGGCGUUGGGGUGGACUGAGGGAUACUACAAUGGAGAUAUCAAGACUAGGAAAACAGUUCAAGCUGUUGAGCUGAACUCGGAUCCAUUGGGAUUGCAGAGAACUGAUCAGCUAAGGGAAUUGUUUGAAUCUCUUUCAUUAGGUGAAAGCAGCCCACAACCUAAGAGACCAACUGCUGCAUUAUCCCCUGAAGAUCUCACGGACACAGAGUGGUAUUUUCUGGUGUGUAUGUCCUUCGUCUUCAAUGUCGGCCAAGGGUUGCCUGGAAGGUCGUAUGCAGAGAAUGAGACGAUCUGGCUGCGCAAUGCUCAUCUUGCAGACACGAAACUCUUCUCUCGUUCUUUGCUUGCUAAGAGUGCAUCUCUUCAGACAGUAGUGUGCUUUCCGCAUUUGGGAGGUGUGGUUGAGCUGGGAACAACUGAACUUGUUCGAGAGGAUCGGAGUCUGAUUCAGCAUAUAAAAACUUCGUUCUUGGGGAGCUCUUCAGAUACUGUCAUAAAUCCGAGCCAAGACCUCGUCUAUCAAGUGCUCGACCAGUCUAAUAUCCCUGAAAACAAUCUUGAUGAAGUGGAAGUUUAUUCUCCCGACACCAGAUCGGAUGAAUUCGCAGACAAUGUCCUAAUAGGGGGAUCGAGUCUAGCAGAUGGUGCUGAUGGGGAGGCGUCUCAGUUGCAGAGUUGGCAGUGCAAGGACACCGCUGUCGGUAAUGGCACAAACAAUGCCACAAGCUCUAGCGACAGCGUUUCUCAAUCUCAUGGGAAUCCAGAGGAGAAAGUCCGAGAAUUCGAGGGAAAGAAAGCUAGCACUGCUAACUGUGUGCCCGUCAGUGAAGAAUCCAACCGGCAGACGUCACCUAACUUCAACGGUGGUGUUGGUGGUGGUGAUGUUCAUUACCAAAGUGUGCUCUCAAGCCUUUUGAAGAGCUCCCACCAACUGAUUUUGGGGCCUUACAGAAACGGUUUAAAAGAGUCGAGCUUCAUCAGUUGGAAAGACAGAAAAUCGACCCCUUGGUUGUCCCAGAGCACGUCGCCACAGAGGCUACUGAAGCAAGUAGUCUUUGGAGUAGCUAGAAUGCAUGAAAAUGCCAAGAUUGAAUCUGCCAAAAACAAGGACAUGUGUGUUGACCAUUCUGGUCAGCAAGAAGGCGAAGAAGUCGACAGAAACCACGUCCUAUCCGAAAGGAAACGGAGAGAGAAGAUAAGCGAGAGAUUCACCAUUCUUGGAUCACUAGUUCCAUCAGGUGGCAAGGCUGAUAAAGUUUCAGUACUUGAUCACACAAUAGAGUAUCUGAGAGAACUGGAGAGGAAGGUGCAGGAUCUGGAAGCGUACAAGGAGGCAAUGGAACGAGAGUCGACCACACAGAGCAAGGCUCACGAUGCCAUGGAGAGGACUUCAGACAACUAUGGAAACAGCAAGCUUGGAAGCAUCCCGAAGCUACUCGGGAACAAGAGGAGAGCUAGUGAUGUGGAGAGAACCACAUCUGAAAAUAAGAGGACUCGGUCGAGCUCAUCAACAGACAGCAUAACCAUCAGCAUCACAGACAAGGAUGUGCUGAUUGAGAUGAGAUGUUCUUGGAGACAGUGUGUAUUAAUUCAAGUUAUGGAAGCUUUGACACAACUGAAUCUGGACUCACAAUCUGUUCAAUCUUCCAACACUGAUGGAAUUUUAUCCCUCUCGAUCAAUGCCAAGAGCAAGGGAGUGAAAGGUGCAUCAGCUGGUGCAAUCAAACAAGCUCUUCAAAGAAUUAUCAGAAAAUAGUGCUAUGUGGUACAUUAUUUUAUUGUACAAAGUUGUAUAAAUUACUUCAAUAUUUAAUUUUGCAGGGAGUUUUCUAGAGUUGUUCUCCAACAAUUAUAAUGUUAAACAAAUCAUUUAAUUGUUAUUGUAUUUUAUUUCUACUUUUAA